UGUCCCCUAGGGCAUCUGCCUAUGCGCGAGUCCAAAGUGAAAGAAGUAGACCGUUCCUGUGACUCUGAUGAAGAUUAUGAAGCUGCUGGUGGAGGACUUCUGUCAUCCCACUGUACGUUGGUGAUUCACCCACAGGACCAGAGUCCCACAUACUUACUCAUUCGCACCAAACAAGAGAAGAAUACCUGGCUGUACCAUCUGACCGUAGCAGCUGGUAGCAGUAAUGCCACUGUGGGCACAUCAUAUGAACAACUCAUUGGAAAACUGUUGGAUGCAGAAGGAGACCCUGAUUCUCCUCUGUGGAAACAUCCGAUGUUGUGUUACAGUAAAGAUGGGUUGCACACAUCCCUGACCACUCUGCCAUCAGAGGCUCUACAGACUGAAGCUCUGAAACUUUUUAAGUCCUGUCAGCUGUUCAUCAAUGUCCCUGUGGAGGCACCCUCUAUUGAUUACCACGUGUCACUUGCCCAGACAGCGCUGCAGGUCUGCUUGACACAUACUGAGCUGCAGAAUGAAAUUUACUGUCAGCUUGUUAAACAGACCAGCUGCCGACAACCCCAGAACCACUCAGUCAUUCAGUGCUGGCAACUCCUGGCUUUGUGUGCUCCUCUAUUCCUGCCUCAACAUCACUUCCUCUGGUACAUCAAACAGCACUUGCAGCGACAUGCAGACCCCAGGAGUGAAAUAGGCAAGUAUGCCAUCUACUGCCAGAGAUCAGUAGACCGCACCGUGCAGACUGGCGAGCGGGAAGCCAAGCCCUCCCGGAUGGAGAUUGUGUCAAUCCUGCUGAGAAAUCCCUACCACCACUCACUCCCCUUCAGCAUCCCAGUGCACUUCAUGAACGGAACCUAUCAGGUUGUAGGUUUUGAUGGUUCCUCAACAGUUGAUGAAUUCAUGCAGCGACUGAACCAGGAGACAGGAAUGAGGAAGCCAUCCCACAUGGGGUUUUCUCUGUUCACAGAUGAUCCUUCUGGCAGGAAUUUGGAACAUUGUUUGCAGGGCAACAUGAAGAUCUGUGAUGUCAUUUCUAAAUGGGAACAAGCCUUAAAAGAAUUGCAUCCUGGGAAAUAUGAAGGUGGCACAAGAAUUGUGAAGUUGACCUAUAAGAACAGGCUAUAUUUUCGGAGCCAGGCCAAAGGCGAGACAGACCGUGAGCGGUUGCUACUGGCCUUCCAAGUCAGCAAUGAAAUAGCCAAUGGAAGGUUUCCUGUUAAUAAGGAAUUAGCUCUGGAAAUGGUGGCUCUGAUGGCUCAGGUGGAAUAUGGGGAUUUGGAUCGACCGGGAUCUUCAAGUCCUGGGGGAACAUCACAAUCGAAAAUGCAACAUCUUCUCCACCAGGUCUUAGAUAAAUUCUACCCCAAACACUACAAGCAAAACAUUACUCCUGAAAAGCUCAGGCAACUGGCUGACAAGCUGGCGACGAAGUGGAUGGUGCUGCAGGGAUGCUCUCCACCAGAAUGCAUUCGAAUUUAUUUGACAGUGGCCCGGAAAUGGCCUCUCUUUGGAACCAAAAUAUUUGCUGCUAAGCCUGUUUUGCCUUCCUCAUUGGAAGACUGUCCAGUCUGGAUAGCUGUGAAUGAAGACGGUAUCAGCAUACUGGAUUAUAACACUAUGCACUUGAAGGUCUCUUAUUCAUACUCCUCUGUGCUGACCUUUGGAGGCUAUCGAGAUGACUUCAUGAUUGUAGUCAGUCAAAUGAAAGAAAGGAGUUCUGGAAAAAACAACACUGAAAAACUCCUUUUCACAAUGGCAAUUCCAAAGAUUGUUGAAGCAACACUUCUUAUUGCCAGCUAUAUUAACUACCGUUCAACACCUUCACUCCUAUCUUCUACACAGCCCUCCCGAAACAAAACACCUGCUAACAAGCUCUGGGAGACUGAAAGUCGGUCCUUUUUUCCUUCUGUGCCCCGAAGCACUAAGGGGCCCACCCUGCUCUGAGGGCUCAUUCCAAAUGACUUUGGGGA